AUGUGCUAUACCUGGAGUUUAGAGGAAGGAAGGGGGGGAGGGGACCUGUUGGCUAUUGAUGUCUGCCCAAGAGGCACCGCUGAACAGAUUUUGGAAAGCUGCUCUUCAUUUCCUGUGCAUUGUGGGGCAUUCAUACUUCUGUUGUUUGCAACACCUACAGGCAGUCCUUUCAGCAAGCUCUGCAUUCUGAGUGCACAGAACGCCUUUUGGACUCUGGACCAGCAGGUUAAGCCAGAAAGUCAGAUGUUUGUUUCCAUUUUUAACUUAUUUAUUUUUAUAGGAUUAUUUGUUGAAAAAUGUCUCAAUUGGCAAUUCAUUCUCAUUUAUUGUUUUCCAAUUCCCUUAUUUUUUAGGUCAGUUCAGUUCAGUUCAGUCGCUCAGUCGUGUCUAACUCUUUGCGACCCCUUGAACCGCAGCACACCAGGACUCCCUGUCCAUCACCAGCUCCCGGAGACCACCCAAACCCAUGUCCAUCGAGUCGAUGAUGCCAUCCAACCAUCUCAUCCUCUGUUGUCCCCUUUUCCUCCCGCCCUCGAUCUUUCCCAGCAUCAGGGUCUUUUCAAAGGAGUCAGUUCUUCACAUCAGGUGGCCAAAGUAUUGGAGUUUCAGCUUCAGCAUCAGUCCUUCCAAUGA